AAUACUUGAGGAGCGAGACCACCUUUCUGGAAGAGUUGGUGUUUGGAAGUGGAGAUACCAUUGAACUUUCCUGUAACACCCAAGGCUCUUCUGUGUCUGUUUUCUGGUUUAAAGAUGGUAUCGGGAUUGCACCUACCAACAGAACUCAUAUUGGACAAAAACUGUUGAAGAUAAUCAAUGUGUCAUAUGAUGACUCGGGGCUGUACAGUUGCAAGCCAAGGCAUUCCAACGAGGUCCUGGGAAACUUUACAGUCAGAGUUACAGAUUCCCCUUCGUCGGGUGAUGAUGAAGAUGACGAUGAUGAGUCAGAAGAUACAGGUGUCCCCUUCUGGACCCGGCCAGAUAAGAUGGAGAAGAAGCUGCUGGCAGUUCCCGCCGCCAACACCGUUCGCUUCCGAUGUCCGGCGGGUGGAAACCCAACUCCUUCCAUCUACUGGCUGAAAAACGGCAAGGAGUUCAAAGGAGAGCAUAGGAUUGGGGGCAUCAAGUUGCGACACCAGCAGUGGAGUUUGGUGAUGGAGAGUGUUGUGCCAUCAGAUCGAGGAAAUUAUACCUGUGUUGUGGAGAACAAAUAUGGCAACAUUAGGCACACGUAUCAGCUUGAUGUAUUAGAAAGGUCACCCCACCGACCAAUCCUGCAAGCAGGACUCCCUGCCAACCAGACCGUGGUGGUAGGGAGCAAUGUGGAGUUUCACUGCAAGGUCUACAGCGAUGCCCAGCCUCACAUCCAGUGGCUGAAACAUGUGGAAGUCAAUGGCAGCAAAUAUGGGCCCGACGGGACGCCCUAUGUCACGGUGCUGAAGACGGCAGGUGUUAACACAACGGAUAAGGAGCUAGAGAUUCUGUACUUGCGAAAUGUUACUUUUGAGGAUGCUGGGGAAUAUACUUGUCUCGCAGGGAAUUCUAUUGGGUUCUCACAUCACUCUGCUUGGCUGACGGUGCUACCAGCAGAGGAGCUCAUGGAAAUGGAUGAUUCAGGCUCAGUGUACGCUGGCAUUCUCAGUUAUGGCACUGGCUUUCUUCUCUUCAUCCUGGUGCUGGUCAUUGUGAUUGUCUGCAGGAUGAAAAUGCCAAACAAAAAAGCCAUGAACACCCCCACUGUACAGAAAGUCUCCAAAUUUCCACUCAAGAGACAGCAGGUGUCAUUGGAGUCCAACUCUUCCAUGAAUUCCAACACGCCCCUAGUCCGGAUCACACGUCUCUCCUCCAGCGACGGGCCGAUGCUGGCCAAUGUCUCCGAGCUGGAACUGCCUCCGGAUCCCAAGUGGGAAUUGGCACGCUCUCGCUUGACUUUGGGGAAGCCGCUUGGCGAGGGGUGUUUUGGCCAAGUGGUGAUGGCAGAAGCGAUUGGGAUUGAUAAGGACAAGCCAAACAAGGCCAUCACGGUUGCUGUCAAGAUGUUAAAAGAUGAUGCCACAGACAAGGACCUUUCCGACCUGGUCUCUGAGAUGGAAAUGAUGAAAAUGAUUGGGAAGCAUAAAAACAUUAUUAACCUCCUCGGUGCCUGCACACAGGACGGACCGCUCUACGUGUUGGUGGAAUAUGCAUCAAAGGGGAAUUUGCGGGAAUACCUCAGGGCACGUCGCCCACCUGGCAUGGACUAUUCCUUCGACACCUGCAAGCUGCCCGAGGAGCAGUUGACAUUUAAAGACCUGGUUUCCUGUGCCUACCAGGUGGCCCGGGGCAUGGAGUACUUGGCAUCUCAGAAAUGCAUUCAUCGCGACUUGGCAGCCAGGAAUGUGUUAGUCACUGAAGACAAUGUGAUGAAAAUAGCUGAUUUUGGCCUCGCUAGAGAUGUUCACAACAUCGACUAUUACAAGAAAACCACCAAUGGUCGGCUGCCUGUGAAAUGGAUGGCUCCAGAAGCCUUGUUUGACCGGGUCUAUACUCACCAGAGCGAUGUCUGGUCUUUUGGAGUGCUACUAUGGGAGAUCUUCACUUUGGGAGGGUCUCCGUACCCGGGAAUUCCCGUUGAGGAACUCUUCAAACUCUUGAAGGAAGGCCAUCGGAUGGACAAACCCGCAAACUGCACCCAUGAUUUGUACAUGAUCAUGCGGGAGUGCUGGCACGCCGUUCCUUCGCAGCGACCCACCUUCAAGCAGCUGGUGGAAGACCUGGACAGGGUCCUCACCGUGACGUCCACUGACGAGUACCUGGACCUCUCGGUGCCCUUCGAGCAGUACUCACCGGCCGGCCAGGACACCCACAGCACCUGCUCCUCAGGGGACGACUCGGUCUUUGCACAUGACCUGCUGCCCGAUGAGCCCUGCCUGCCCAAGCACCCUCCCUGCAACGGUGUCAUCCGGACGUGAGGACACCC